AUGCAUUCAGACAGUGAAAAUGAGGAUGCCAGACCGGCUAAGCGGCAAAAGAUUCAAGAUGAAUCAGCUGAGACCGACAUCAAUCUUGGAACUCUUGACCAAGAAGCCGAUACAAUACCGCCUCAUAUACCGAACAAGGAAGAGCUCAAAGAACAAGAAGAAUUCAUCGACUCUAUGCCACCUGAAGUCAUAAACACCAUCAAAAACGACUCAAGAAGGCUCACUUUCGAUGAAUUCAUCAAGAAAUACAUGAAUAUUGACUUUACCGUACGACAACUACUACUUGUCUUUGGCUUCACACUGGAAGCACAAUGGGAUUCAAGGCCUGAUAUUGAUUUGGUCCCGCUUCUCCAAUAUGUGAUUCGUAGGAAUAAUGAAAAGAGGCAAAGACGUGCUGACGUAAAUAGUAUGGAUGACGUGUUGAGGCUGUUGAGGGAUUCAAGCAAGGUCAUGGUCUUGACUGGUGCUGGGGUCAGCGUGAGUGCUGGGAUACCAGACUUUCGCUCAGAGAACGGUAUCUACAGUCGACUGGGUGAAUUUGGACUGGACGACCCUCAACAAAUGUUCGAUAUUGAAUUCUUCCGAGACGAACCACGAACAUUCUACUCCUUUGCUCGAGAAAUCUACCCUAGUAACUUCAAGCCAACACCAUCACACAUGUUUAUCAAAGUCUUGGAAGAUCAGGAUAAACUGCUACGAAACUAUACGCAGAACAUCGACACACUGGAGAACGAGACUGGUAUUAAGCGGGUGAUUCAAUGUCAUGGCUCCUUCGCCACUGCCAAGUGCAUAGCAUGUGGCUAUAGUGUUCCUGGAGAGACAAUCAAGGAGGAUAUAUUUGAGAAGAGAGUACCAUGGUGUCCAAUGUGUGAUGAUGGAAUCCUGAAACCUGACAUAGUUUUUUUUGGAGAACCUCUUUCCCAGCUGUUUUCUGACCACUUUGACGCAGACAAGAAAACCGUCGACCUCCUCAUAGUCAUGGGCUCAUCGUUAAAAGUCGCACCUGUUGGAGACGUGAUGCAUCGCAUACCGCACGAUGUGCCCCAAAUCCUCAUAAACAUGGAAAGCUUGCCUCAUAUGAUGAAUUUCGAUGUACAGUUAUUAGGUGAUUGUGAUACUAUUGUGUCAUAUUUAUGUAGACAGCUAGGAUGGACGUUGCCUGUGCCUGAGGGUGGGUUUAGAGUGCCGCCUGCUGUGAUGGACUCUUAUACUCAACAGAUACUGCCGAAUAAAUAUGUGUUUGGAAGCGCUAUUGUCGGGCUUGGAAGAGGCAAGAGUAUGAGAGUUGGGGAAGGGCAGGAAGUCAAUGGAGAUCUUAAGGAAGAGGAUGGCAAGAAUGAUGUAGAAGCUGAGGUACAUGUGUCGUGA